CACACACAAAAUGUUAGCGCUUACCAGUAUAUGCCGCUCAUCAUUCCCAUCCACCAUUCUUUAAUGUUGAGCCUGAUCACAAAGAGGAUUGCGCCCAGUUUCAGCCCAAAUGCUCGUCACAGGCUAUUUGGGGCUCCAUUUCUUCCAGUAUGUGCUGUAGGUUUAAGUUGGACUAUUUUUUUACCAUCUCCAUGGGUAGUCGAAGGGACAGGAUUAUUUCUUUCCCACUGUGGCACAAACACAUCGAACACUACAAGGCUAGGCGAGUUUCAUAUGGUCUCCUAUAUAUUUUACGAUCAUUCCAAAAUCCCUGGCGAUGUCAUUCAUUCGUCGUCUGGCAUGGCGCCCGCUGGUGCAAAUUUAUAAUACAAGCCAUCGAAUCGAUGUGUCCCGAUUCCCGAGUCUAUCUCGGUAUGUU